AUGCCGCCAGACCGGGGUCGCGCCUCUCGGGCGUGUGCUUCAUGCAGGAAGCAGAAGACACGCUGCUACGAGCCAGGUACCCCCGGGCGAGCCUGUUUGCGAUGUGAAAGAUUGCAGCAAAAAUGCUCACUGGCGCCGCAGGCUGACAGCCCAGAGGAGGAACGGCAGCAGCAGCAGCAACAACAACAACAACAGCCUGUUCCUUCGCUUGGCACUGAUGCUCGCCUGGAGCGACUCGAAAGAACAGUGGCCACUUUACUUGAUCGGCUUGGGGACGGCCCCUCGAGUGCUGAUCAUGAAUUAAGCAGGCCUGGAAGCGUGUUAACAACUCCAGACCCUGGCGAUCAAAUCUACCAGGAAACGGAGAGUGCCGCGGCUCCGAUUAUGGUCAUUCGUGAUUUGGCCAAUGAUACAAGAGUCGAACCAUCCCCAGAGACCAAGUCCCUGGGGGCGGUGCUGGACGAUCUCAUCUCGCCAGAUCUUGCGUUGACUCUACUCUCCAUAUUUCUCGAGUAUUAUGGUAGAUGGAUCAUUUUUGAUCCCGAAAGCGAUGCUGCCGCGUUAUUACCUCGUGUGCGGAGAUCUCCGAUUCUUUUCUGCGCUUGCUGCUUGAUCGCAAUACGACAUACCUCGGAGGAGCUGGCGGCGAUUUUGGCUCCUAAGCUGUAUGAAUGUGCUCGCUCUCUCGUGUCGAGUAUGCUCUUGACUACUCCGCAAUCUGUCGAUUUUUUUCAAGCAGCUCUGAUUUUAUGUAUGUGGUCGACUACCGUGGGGCAGGUCCCCUUGAGCAUCGACAGUUGGCUACUCAGUGGAUUCGCAUUGCAGCACUCACAGUCUAGUCCAAUUUUUGCCGUGAUAACGAACCAGUCUCAUCGGUAUACAAAGAUGGAUGAAGUGACAUUGGAUCAUAUUUGCUUGUGGAAUCACCUAUGCCUUGCACACUUACACUACUGUGUUGGGACGAGUCGGAGGUCAACGUUGCAAGCUUGGCAGAUUGAACGUUGCGACGCCAUUCUUGGCUCUGAUCAUGCGAUUAAUUUUGAAGUGCGAAUGGUUGCCGAGAUUCAACUAUAUUGGACGGUCUAUGGGUAUCUAAUCGAUGACUCGGUCGAUCUCCACACGUCAACAACCGCUUUAAAGGUGUGGAAGAAGAAAUGGAGAGGGAUUCUGGAACAACCUCGAUCACAGUUCCUGAUGAUGGGCUUUCAUUUUUCUAAUCUGCUCCUUUACGAGCAUGGUCUGAAGGGCAAAGUUGUCCACAGUCAGGACCAUCUUGUUUCCGAAAUGGCCCGCCACUCCACUGCAAUUGUGCGCUUGGCUAUGGACACGGUAGAUGAGCGAACCCGUCACUUGAGCGACCACAUCUACCACAUGAUCACAUUUGCUGCGAUUAUCAUCUGUCGUCUAUUGAACAACUACGAAACGCAACUCGGCUUGACGCACAAUAUUGCGGAGCUUGACUCCCUGGUCCUUAGCCUCGUUCAAUGGCUUCACUCUAUUGGGUUACCAUGUCACGCGGCGCAUACCUUGGGGAAUAUUAUCGCCAAGGUACACCAGAAACUACGACCUCGUGUGGAGGCAGUGCCGGUCACUGCACCCGCGGAUGAAUUUCCCCCUGAAGAAAAUUUUACGAACUACUAUUUCCCCGAGUUUUUGGGUAUUGGACCAUCGGCAGAUGGAACCUGGGAUUUGUUGUCUGAUCUGAGCUUCCUGCCGCAAGGCCCGUCCAGCUCGUGA